UGAUGUUCUGUUGGACCACGGUUCUGAUCAUCAGAACUUUACUGAACGUUGUGGUUUCUGCAGAACAAGAUGUUCCAGACUCUGAGGUGUUCUGUGUCUUCAUGGACAGCUGCAUCUUACCCUGCAGCUUCCAGAGCAGCAGAGACGAUGAUGUCAUCCACUGGUUUCAGGGGACAGGAAGACAGAUUCAUGUCCACUCGUUUUAUAACAACCAGGACCAGCUGGGUCUGCAGGACCAGAACUUCAGAAACAGAACCUCUCUGUUCCAGGAUCAGAUCUCCAGAGGAAACUGCUCCCUGCUGCUGAGAGGAGUGAAGGUUCAGGAUGAAGGCAGAUAUGAGUGGUACACCAACACCAUCUAUGGGAGCAGGAACUCAUUUGUCCACCUCAGAGUGGACGCUCCAGUCUCUGAGGUCCACAUGAGUCAGGAGGAGAACAGGAUCACCUGCAGCUCAGAGGGGAUCUAC